AUGAGACACACAGGCAGCCGACCGAUGAACAGAUGUAAGCAACAAAAAUGGACGCCCGUGUCUUCCAUCCUCUCCGCAACGAUGACAUCCCUCUCCCUCAAGAAAUUAAUUUUCGGAUCACAUGAUGCAAAACGACCUGGCCACAUGAGUUGCAAAGCCGCUCAGAACCAUGGAUCCUGUGCAAGCGGCUUGGACUAA